CCAAAGAUCCUAUUUGUGCAAAAUGUAGGUUAGUGGUCCGACAGUCACACGAAGGGAAGAAAAGUAGGUCAGAGACCGAUUUCGUUUGUGUCACUGUUCCUCACGGAGCGGACGUCAAAAUACCGAUUUAAACUGUGAUGUUAAGCUAUUCCUCCGGUUUCUGUCGCAGGUAGGACAUGCUUUGAACACCGCUGCUGUAUUGAAUUCGUACGAUGAUCUAAUGGCAGACCAAAGGAUGGACAUUUCCUCCACGAUGAACGAGUUCAUGUCACAGAGCUCUGCAGAUCUUAUCAGUAGCUCUAUCGGCAGCUCGGGCAUGGACUACACCCGCAAGAGAAAGGGCAGCACCACAGAAUACCAAAUUGAUGGCUUUUCAUUUGAUGAUAGCAUGGACACGGACAAAGAUAAGGCACUCGGAAGAGAUGAGCAGCAUGGCCGGAUCAAAAAUGCCAGGGAAGCUCACAGUCAGAUAGAGAAGAGACGUAGGGAUAAAAUGAACAGUUUUAUAGAUGAGCUGGCAUCUUUGGUUCCCACUUGUAACGCCAUGUCUCGCAAACUGGACAAGCUUACUGUACUUCGCAUGGCUGUCCAACAUAUGAAGACUUUAAGAGGGGCCACCAACCCAUACACGGAAGCAAACUACAAACCAGCAUUCUUGUCGGACGAUGAAUUAAAGCACUUAAUUUUGAGGGCUGCUGAUGGCUUUCUCUUUGUAGUCGGUUGUGAUCGUGGAAAGAUCCUCUUUGUCUCGGAGUCUGUUUACAAAAGUCUCAAUUACACACAGAAUGAUCUGAUCGGCCAGAGUUUGUUUGACUACCUGCAUCCGAAAGACAUCGCCAAAGUAAAAGAGCAGCUGUCAUCGUCCGACACAGCCCCACGGGAACGACUUAUUGAUGCCAAAACUGGUCUUCCUGUGAAGACUGACAUCACUCCAGGCCCCUCCAGACUGUGUUCAGGAGCCCGUCGAUCCUUCUUCUGUAGAAUGAAAUGCAAUCGUCCUUCUGUAAAAAUGGAGGACAAGGACUUUCCCUCAACUUGUUCCAAAAAGAAAGCAGACCGCAAAAGUUUUUGCACUAUUCAUAGUACCGGCUACCUAAAAAGUUGGCCACCCACCAAGAUGGGCUUGGACGAGGACAACGAACCCGAUAACGAGGGCUGUAACCUCAGCUGUCUGGUGGCCAUUGGUAGGCUGCAUCCACACAUCGUCCCCCAGUCCAUGAACGGUGACAUUCGCGUCAAGCCUACGGAAUACGUCUCCCGCCACGCCAUCGAUGGCAAGUUUGUUUUCGUUGACCAGAGGGCGACAGCCAUUUUGGCGUACUUACCCCAGGAGCUUUUAGGAACAUCGUUUUAUGAGUAUUUUCAUCAGGAUGAUAUCGGUCACCUUGCUGAGUGCCACAGACAAGUGCUACAGAUGAGAGAAAAGAUCAACACAAACUGUUACAAGUUCAAGAUAAAAGACGGUUCCUUCAUCACCCUGAGAAGCCGAUGGUUCAGCUUCAUGAACCCCUGGACCAAAGAGGUGGAAUAUAUAGUCUCUACAAACACUGUGGUCUCAGGCAGUAUGCUUGAAGGAGCAGAUCCUAGUUUUUCACAAUCCGCUUCCUCGCCUCAGAGCAUGGACAGCGUUUUAACAUCAGGAGAUGGUGGAGGGAAACGGGCCCUUCAAACUGUUCCUGGCAUACCAGGAGGGACUAGAGCGGGAGCUGGGAAGAUCGGACGUAUGAUUGCGGAGGAAGUGAUGGAGAUUCAGAGGAUUCGGGGCUCCUCCCCCUCCAGCUGCGGUUCCAGUCCUUUGAACAUCACUGCCACUCCUCCACCUGACACCUGUUCUCCGGGAGGCAAGAAAAUUCAGAAUGGUGGAACUCCAGAUCUGCCUUCAGCAGGAAUUGUGCCUGGGCCAGAUUCAAUAGGAUAUCCAUAUUCAAAUAAUUCUUUAAUGAGUGAUAAUUCUCAUCUUAGUAUUGACAUCAUGGAAGAACCAGGAUCCAGCAGCCCAAGCAAUGAUGAGGCAGCCAUGGCCGUUAUAAUGAGCCUCCUAGAAGCUGACGCUGGUCUGGGCGGACCUGUGGAUUUCAGCGACCUGCCUUGGCCUCUGUGAAACCACAGUGGAGUCCCGCAAAGCUACGUAUUGGGCCCAAGGUUAAACGGUUUUAACCGCAGGUCACCACGGCCAAUUAAAAGGAACCACAGUGUGUGCACUAGUGUGUGGAGAAUUAAGGCUGCUUUCGUUAGAUGUAGGACCUUCGACUUGAAGCACACAAAAUGGUUAAAUUUCAUCUUUUACAACCCACCUGCUAAACAGAAACUUUGC